GGCGGAGGCCCGGGCAACUCUUUUGAAUGGAAUCGGGCUGAUUCAUCGCCGGUUCGCGGAGUCGGAGCUGGGUCGAGUCUGAGCCGCUCUUGCUGAAGCUGCCGCCUCCGCGUUCGCGUCAGCGUAGUGGCAGCCACAAGGGUCCAGCCCGCGGCAUCCUGUCCUUGUCUGCUUUCAGGAGAGAAAGAGAAAAAAAAAAAACCUGGGAAAAUUAUACCUGCCGGAAUUAGCAAGAGCUUGUGUUAAGAAGAAAUUUGUCAAACUCAACAAAUUGAAGCUUAAGAGUUACAGUUACUGAUCAGAAAUAUGGACAGACUUCUUAGACUUGGAGGAGGUAUGCCUGGACUGGGCCAGGGGCCACCUACAGAUGCUCCUGCAGUGGACACAGCAGAACAAGUCUAUAUCUCUUCCUUGGCACUGUUAAAAAUGUUAAAACAUGGCCGUGCUGGAGUUCCAAUGGAAGUUAUGGGUCUGAUGCUUGGAGAAUUCGUUGAUGAUUACACGGUCAGAGUGAUUGAUGUGUUUGCUAUGCCGCAGUCAGGAACAGGUGUCAGUGUGGAGGCAGUUGAUCCAGUGUUCCAAGCCAAAAUGUUAGAUAUGUUGAAGCAGACAGGAAGGCCUGAGAUGGUUGUUGGUUGGUAUCACAGUCACCCUGGCUUUGGUUGUUGGCUUUCUGGUGUGGAUAUCAACACUCAGCAGAGCUUUGAAGCCUUGUCGGAGAGAGCUGUGGCAGUGGUUGUGGAUCCCAUUCAGAGUGUAAAAGGAUAGGCAUUAAUUCAUGGACUAAACAGACAUUAUUACUCCAUUACUAUUAACUAUCGGAAAAAUGAACUGGAACAGAAGAUGUUGCUAAAUUUGCAUAAGAAGAGUUGGAUGGAAGGUUUGACACUUCAGGACUACAGCGAACAUUGUAAACACAAUGAAUCAGUGGUAAAAGAGAUGUUGGAAUUAGCCAAGAAUUAUAAUAAGGCUGUAGAAGAAGAAGAUAAGAUGACACCUGAACAGCUGGCAAUAAAGAACGUUGGCAAGCAGGACCCCAAACGUCAUUUGGAGGAACAUGUGGAUGUACUUAUGACUUCAAACAUUGUCCAGUGUUUAGCAGCUAUGUUGGAUACUGUCGUAUUUAAAUAAAGCAACGCAAAAAGCUAUUUAGUGAUACUUUCAGUCUAUAUUCCUCUGUUGUUCCUAAUGCUCAAAAUCAAGGGACUUCUGAAGGUGUAUUUGGUUAAAUGUAAGACAUCUGGCAUCAUUUGCAGCACUGUAACACCUUCAGUCUCAGUUGUGCAGUUACUUCUGUUUCUUCGGUCAGGGUCUUUGCAGAUUCCAAAGUUGUACGAGAAUACAUCAAAGUGGACAAAUUUUGUUAAGAUCCCAUUUAAUAUUUGAAAAAAUCAGUAGCACAAAUAUAUUUUGAUUGUUGCUUACAAAAUAAAAUACAUUUACAAUCUA